CCUACUUAGAAAAUCAAUUAAUUGUGAAGAAAGAGAGUUGAUUACUAGAGAUGGCGGCGGGGUCAUCUGGCGGCGGCGGCGGAGGUGUUCCGCCGGGGUUUCGGUUUCACCCGACGGACGAGGAGCUUCUCCACUUCUACUUGAAGAAGAAGGUUUCGUUUCAGAAGUUCGAGAUGGAGGUUAUACGGGAGGUCGAUCUCAACAAGAUCGAACCCUGGGACCUACAAGAGAAGUGCAAGAUCGGGUCGACUCCGCAGAACGAAUGGUACUUUUUCAGCCACAAGGACAGGAAGUACCCGACGGGAUCUCGGACAAAUAGAGCGACGAGUGCGGGAUUUUGGAAAGCGACCGGGAGAGACAAAUGCAUACGCAACAGCUUCAACAAGAUCGGGAUGAGGAAGACCCUUGUCUUCUACCGCGGCCGAGCCCCCCACGGCCAGAAGUCCGAUUGGAUCAUGCACGAGUACAGGCUCGAGGAUUCCCACAACGAACCCCCUCCAAAUGAGGAUGGAUGGGUUGUUUGCCGCGUAUUCAAGAAGAAGAAUCUGUUCAAGAUAAGUGGCAGUAGCGGUGAAGGAGGAGGAGGCGGAGGCAACGGAGGGGGGGUGAUGGCUGAUCACAAUUCAUACAAUGCAGCAGCUUCCAUGAAUCAAUACAUGUUGCAUUCACAUUCACAACAUGCUGCUGAUUUGAACUACUCUCACAUUCCAGUUGAUCAUCAGUACUCACAAGUUGAGCCACACAACUUCCACCUCAAGCCGCUGAUGCUCACCAGCGCCAGCAACUACGACCAUCAAGACUAUAACGACCACCAACACCACCCACCGCCGCUCAUCAACAACAUGCAGGUCAAAGACCUGAUGUCCAGAGACGACUGCGAGAGCACUGCCACUCCUCAGCCCCCUAGUUUCCAGUCGUGUGAGCCGGCCCUCGAAUGCGACCAACACGCCUCCCAGCCAAUGAGCCAAUGGGAUCCACUCGUGGUCACUUCUUCCCACACAAAUCCCACCCAGAUCAACCACUUGUCUCUCAGAAGUGAGAUGGACUUUUGGGCUUAUGGCAAGUAGCUAAUUAGCUAUGCCACUUUCUGUUUUAUUUUCACUCUUGGUAAUUGAAUAUAAUUCAUAUGUCAACAACUUGUAAUCACUAUGAUUCUUUUGAUAUUGUUACUCAUUCAUGAAACUAUCAUACUUGUUUGAAUCAUAACAGUGUUGUUUGUUAGUUUUAAGUGAUGUUUUAAUCUUUGGGACAUUAAUGAAACAUAUAAUCCAAAAUGGAGUGACAAGGGAUGAAAGACGGAUGUGACGAUUAACGAAAUGUACGUACAAGGUUGGGAGAUGGGAAAAAUGAGAAAUUAGAGAGUUGGAACUCUUUCAGCUGUUCCGGCAAUCACAGUGAGCAAGUUGUUGCCAAAGGGAUCGCUCAAGUGCGCUGCAAGGUUCUCAACAGGACCUUGUCCGGUCACAUAGGCUUGGAUGAAGAAGCCAAGCAUCGAGAACAUGGCUAGCCGGCCAUUCUUGAUCUCCUUCACCUUCAAAAUUGCAGCCUGGUCCGGAUCCUUAGCCAGGCCCAAUGGGUCGAAAGGACCACCUGGGUGAAGCUUGUCCUCCAGCUCC